CGACGACAAUGCAGAAGUACGCGGAAGUGACCUUUGAGCUCUUUGAAGAUGCGAUUCUGGCGCUGUAUGGACAAGACGGACCGGAGCAGCAGCGACUCGCAAACGAAUACCUGGUGCAUGUGUGGAACGAAUGCAAGCAAUCGUGGGAAUACGGACUGCGCGUGCUGAUGCGCCCUGCAACUGCUGGACAGGGAUAUCCCACGCAGUCGCAGUACUUUUGUGCGAAUAUGUUGUAUGGCAAGAUUCGACAAGAGUGGUUCAGCCUUACACCUUCCGAACACGAGGCAAUUCAGUCACAAGUCGAGCUCCUGCUGCAAUACAUUCGUAGCGGGCAACUAAGCUUUGCUCCAUUGGUCCUCAAGCGUAUUUGCAUGGCGAUGACAGUUAUGUCUCUUGCUAUUGACGGUGGAUGCGCACGUUGUGUUGCUGACUGCACUCAACAUCAACUGGCUCCAACGUCAUCGUCCCUUCUGCACGUUCAUGUCUCGCUCGAGUUGCUCACAAGUUUGGUGGACGAGACGGAUGACUCGUACCUUCCUCCCAGCAGGAAGGACACCCUCGUACUCGAGAUCACGGACGUGAGCACCCAUGUAUUUCCUUUCCUCUCCCGCCUCUUUGAAACUGUGGCCUUGCACCCAUCUGAUGAGACUGUCGCCAAUUUGCGCUUCAGCGGUCUUACGUGUCUCCGUGCGUGGAUAAAAGCAGCGGGGUUUUCACUCGCCAAACUGUUCACUAACAUGCCCGCGGUCUUCCAAGCCCUCCUUCAAGCACUUCUUCACGCACAAACUGCUCCAGGCGCGGUGAAGGAAGUCGUCGUUUGUGCACUCAUCUUAAGUGAUGCUUUGGAAGUAAACGAAUAUCCUCCUGCGAGGUCGAAGGACACCGCAACGUCGGCGCUGAUUUCAACACUGUUGGCUUGCCAGCCAACAAUCCACCACUACCUCGUCCAUGACCCCCAUGCCGCCCAUGCCCUAACAACGUUGAUCAGCACUUUGGGCGAAUGCGAGCUCGAUUGGUUGAUCCUGGGCUCUCCAGACGCCCUCGCGUUCUCGGAAUUGGUGCUGCAUCUGACGAGCCAGCCCCAACGACAAAUUGCAACACUGACAUUUGACGUGUGGUUCGGGAUCCAAGACUACCCUGUCGCGUCCAGACACCCUUCGUUCCAAGAUGCAACGUUUCGGCGCCUCUUGCACGUUCUCGUUCGUCAAUGCGCGCAAACCGCCGCCGACGAAGACGAUAUUGCGUCCUUUCGACAGGCCGCCACCGAACUCUUCGUGGCCAUCCACCACCUUCUCAAAGCUUCGUUUGUCGCGGAUAUUACCAAGCUCGUUAGGACGUCCAACGCGAUUGUCGUCGAAGCUGCCAUGUUUGCACUGACUGUUGUCGGGACCGAGUUGAAGCAGCGUCUCGUGAGUGAUGACGCCACGCAGCAAGUGGUGCUCGACUUGUGUCGCUCCCAUAUAUUUGUCCAUCCUCAUUUCACGUCGUCUCCGGCGGUCGUGCACGUCUCGUCCGUGUUUAUUGGUCUCUUGGGUCCGUUAAUCAAUGCGCAGUGGACGGCUACGAACGGAUCGGACUCGUCACUAUUGGAUGCAACUUUUGAGUACUUGUGUUUUGGACUGAGCGUUCCCAGCGCAAGCUCUGCUGCGUCCAAAGCUAUCAACGGUCUCUGUGCGUCCUGCACGCCUCUGCUCAGUCGACGCGAUGCCCUCAUGUCGACCGUUCUCUCGUCGUUGCACGCCAACGUUAGCCAUUUGGACAAACAAGACCGACAAUGGGUUGUCGAAGGUGUUGUCCGCGUAGCAUGUGUGGCGUCGUGGGGUCGAUUGGCGUUGGAACAGCUCGUGAACUCUAUCUUUUCGCGCAUGUCGGACCCUGCUGCUCAAACAACACCAUCGCUGGUUCCCAUGGAACUUUACGCACUCAGCACUGUUCUUCGCUUCCUGGACGCACCGUCCGACGUGGCUGGAGGCCCUGCGCUCACACAGCAAGUCGUGAAUUGGGUCUGGCCACACGUCACUCGUGUUGCUUCGUCGUCCGCGCUGGCUGUCGACGCAAUCGAAGCCGUCUGUGAUGUAUUCACAGCGACGCUACAAGCAAUGAAACACACGCCACAAUUCGCGACAUCGUCCGAGUUUGCCUCGAUGCUGUCGUGGGUUGAACAGCAAUCGAUCGUGUGUCCCUCUGCGAUUCAAUGUGCUCUUGUGGCCGUUGAGUUGUACGGUGGUGGUGGUGGUGGGAUGUCGCCGCCGCCGCCGCCUGCGGUCGUUCACGUUGUCGUAGCCAUUGGACACCACGUGAUGGGUCACUGCCACGCCGUGCCAUCCCCCAGCCACAUCCCCGACCUUCUCCGUGCGUACUUUGAGUUGUUGCAACGCACGCUGCUCUUUUGUCCCUCGAGUGUCUUCCCCGACUUGUUUGCGUCGACAAUCCACCUCGCCAUCGCGUGCUUGAUGCAUCUCGACCAACGUGAAGCCCUACGUGCAGUCGUCGUGUACGUGAACCAUGUCGUGACAAAGCGAGAGACCCCCGCGCUGAUUUCAUACCGAUCCGCCGUGGACAGUGCCUUCACGAGCCAGCAGGCCCCGCUGUGGAUCGCGAUGGUCACUCUCCUCACGGCCACAUGCCCGACGACCGUGCUCCCGACUGUGAUCCACCUUGCGUUUGCGCUCAUGACCACGUAUGGGCCGAGCAUGCACCCUGCAGUUGCAAACGCGUUGCUGAACCAGCCGAACGCAGACGCACCGUUGUCGAUCGGCAACCGACAGCGUGUAUAUGCCACACUUGUCCAGUUCACGACCAACUACGAAGAGCGCAAGUUUACAGCAUUCGUCAAAGACUAUGCCAAAGUGUGUCGAAAAGAGCUGCCCGUGGAGCAUCUCGUCGAUCAUUUCGUGGCGUAGCCAUCGGGACAUGGGGAACGGCAGACCGUACGUCCGUGUAAUGUCGUCCGGUGUCGUGGACAGGAGCAAUAAAUAGUUACCAGCAUUAGUGUCCUGCGAUGUUAUGCCGAUGCUGAUGGAGGAGGAUGUCGGAUCGCUGGCAUGCCGUUCCCUUUCCCGGCGUGCAUUGAACUUGGUGUUGACGGAUGAGUCCACGGA